AUGAGUUCUUGCAAGAUGUUUAACCCGUGCUGCAGUAACUUCUACAAGGUGCUGGCGGUCAUAUUGGCUGCCCUUUUGCUCUUGGAGUACAGCUUCAAUUUACUCGUCUACCAUCAGAAGAAUAUCAGGUUUCUUAACGCCAGUGUUUCCAGUAUAUUUGAGCCUCUUCUAAGCGCGGACUCUGAGAUCUUCAAUGCCAGCCUUGGUAACAGGACUCGGGGCGGUGUGGAGAGUACUGGGAACGGGACCGGCAGGAGUAACACUAGAGCGGUGGCGGUGUCCUCUAAUACGUCCCUAGAGCUCUGUCCUCUUAUGCCUCCCAAUUUAGUUGGCCGCCGAAAGGUCUUACAACAAGCCCCGUCGCUUGAGGAUAUCGAGAAGAAUUUCACGCACAUCAUGCCAGGAGGCAGGUUCAAGCCGAAGGAGUGCCUGGCCAGGCAUCGAGUGGCCAUACUCAUUCCAUACAGGAACCGGGAGGAGCACCUCAGGGUCUUUCUUUAUAACAUGCACCAGUUUCUGCCCCGGCAGCAGAUAGACUAUGGCAUUUUCGUCAUUGAACAAGAGGGGAAUGGAAAAUUCAACCGAGCUAAACUGUUGAACGUCGGGUACCUAGAGACACAGGGAUUGUACGACUGCUUAAUUUUGCAUGAUGUGGAUCUCAUCCCGGAGGAUGACCGCAACCUCUACACUUGUCCCGAGCAGCCCAGGCACAUGUCCGUGGCCAUGAGCACUAUGAAUUACACGCUCCCAUACACAGAGUAUUUUGGCGGAGUUAGUGCCCUGAACAAGAAACACAUGGAACUGGUGAAUGGCUUUUCUAAUCAGUACUGGGGAUGGGGUGCCGAAGAUGACGACAUGUUUUGCAGGCUAGCCUACUCCAAUUUAAAUAUCACAAGAUAUCCUGCGGAAAUUGCAAGGUACACAAUGCUUGGGCAUGCUAAAGAGACUCCCAGUCCUGAAAGGCUCCAGCUUCUCAGUAGUGCAAAGUCACGCUACAAAAGUGAUGGACUCAACAGUGUCGACUAUGAGAGGAAAGCCCUUGUGCUCAAGAAACUAUACACUUGGAUUUUGGCUGACCUAAAAUCCCCAGAUUGGCGACCAGGCUUUUACGAACCCCCCCGUGACUUAAACAUCUCCGCGUGUUAA